AACUUUUCAGCUUUAUUCUUCUCUGUAAUGAUUUUCCUUUCCAUUGUUUUAUUGUUUUUUUUAUCUUUCUUUUCAUUGAACUUUGAAUUUUACAAGAGCAUAGUUUGAAUGUGGAAUGGCUGAACUGGUGCGAAUCCGCAAGAAAAAGCUGCAGAUACCCAUCUCUAGGCUGAGGAGCAUGCUGAAGCAGCUGGAGGAGAAAGAUGUUGAUUUAGAGGAAAUAAAGAAGAAUUUGGACUUCACAGCAUCAUUACUAGAGGCAGUAUACCUCGAUGGAACAAGGCAGUGUCUGGAGUCUGAAGAUGAUCUUCAGCAGCUGCAGUCAGAUGGAGUGCCAUCAGAGGUCACUGAUUGGCUGGCAUCCACCUUCACACAGAGAAUUCGACGGCCUGUGCGGCGUUCAGACGAGAAACCCAAGUUUCGCAGCAUUGUGCAUGCAGUUCAAGCUGGUAUAUUUGUGGAGAGGAUGUUCAAGAGGGCCUACACAGCAGCCAUGCCAGACCAACCUGCAGCAGUUGUAAACUGCCUCAGGAAUGUUGACCGCUGGAGCUUUGAUGUUUUUGCUCUAAACUUGGCCAGCUCUGAUCAUGCACUGCAAACUGUGUUCUUCGAAUUGAUCACCAGAUAUGAACUCAACAGCCGUUUUAAGAUCCCCAUCUCAUGUCUGACAGAGUUCCUGUCUGCAUUGGAGAAAGGAUACUGUAAACACAACAACCCCUAUCACAACCAUGUUCAUGCUGCUGAUGUGACUCAGACGUUGCACUGCCUGCUGCUGCGCUCAGGACUUGUGCAUUGGCUGACAGAACUUGAGGUGAUGGCAUCACUGUUUGCUGCAGCCAUUCAUGACUACGAACACACAGGAACCACAAACAACUUUCACAUCCAAACAAAGUCAAACUUUGCAUUGAUCUACAAUGACCGGUCUGUACAAGAGAGUCAUCACUUGAGUGCAGCAUUUCACCUGCUCCAGGAUGACAGAGUGAACAUCUUCAUUAAUUUGACACGAGAAGAAUGGGUGGAGUUGCGAUCACUUGUUAUAGAGAUGGUGUUGGCCACUGACAUGUCAUCCCACCUACUCCAAGUCAAAGCGAUGAAAUCCUGUCUACAACAACAGGAACGGUUGGAUAAGCCCAAAGCACUGUCUCUGUUACUGCACACGGCUGACAUAAGCCAUCCAUCCAAGCCCUGGGCACUGCACUCUCGCUGGACAAAAGCCUUGAUGGAGGAGUUUUUCAGGCAGGGUGAUAGAGAGGCGGAACUCGGCCUGCCCUUCUCUCCGCUGUGUGACCGAAAAAGUACCCUUGUAGCUGAGUCUCAGAUCGGUUUUAUAGACUUCAUUGUGUAUCCUACAUUCUCGCUGUUGACGGACAUGGCAGAAAAGAUUGUUAUUCCUUUGGUGGAAGAAAACCCAGGUCCACCAGACCCCUGCAACAGACACAGCAAUCUUUGGAAGGAAAGCUCCAGAGGUCUACAAUGGAGUCUAGCACAUAUCACAGCUGAACUGGUGAGCUUUCGCUCUACUUGGACACGACACACUGAGGACAACAAGUUCAAAUGGAAAGAAAGUGGCUCAAAUGGAUUUUCAGACUCCAGUGUUACAAAAGAACAGAGAUCCAGGCAAGAAGAGUUGUCAGAAAAAUCUCUUCAAGACCCCACUACGGAUACGAAAUAAUAUACAUGACUUCUUUUGUAAUAUUUUUUCUUUCUUUCUUUUCUUUUUAAGAACUAAAUGUUAACUGGGGUUAACAGUGAUUCACUUUUUGUAACAAAACCACAAAGCCUUUUGUUUUAAUGAUUGAAGGAACAACGAGAGGAGGGAAGGGAGGCUUAAGAUUAAAAUCUUCCAAAGGUAAGAUGCAGUGUACUUAAAUAAAUCUCCUCAUAUCUUCUUUUACAGUAGUACCACAGUAAUAUAAAUGGAAACUGUACAUGCUGGUCAUGUUAUAGAGUAAAAUCCAUAGUAUUAAUUUAAAUUGUCACUGAAACACAACAACAGGAACAUUUUCUGAUUGUAGUUUGAAUUGAACACAAAUCAUUUAACACUGCAUUAAACUAUAU